CAAAUUCCAGAAAUCUGCAAUGCCUCGAAUCUGCUCUCACUCGUAAUUGAAGCUGAGAUUAAACUUCAAAAUGAAUAUCUUUCAAAUGAGCCGAAACGGAUCGAUGCGGCCUUAUCAACUUGCAAGCAGCUGACCUGUACUCUGUUUACCCUCAAGAGGUUAGCGGCAGUUCAAGAAAAUGGAAUUAGUGUUAAUAUUCCAACUUUGAGAACUAUUCGAGAUCCGAGACCAGAAGACAAGAAGUUAUACCUCCAGCAAAUCUCCAAAAUAGUACCCAAUCAUGAAGCAAGAAUGUUGGGUCUUGAAUGUCAUGAAAAUACCAGAAAGCGUCGAAAGCGAAUGCUCUCACUCCGCGAGUCCAUUUUCUUUGAAGGAGCUGUGGAGAAAUCUGAAAACAAUCUUCGUAACAUUCUGAGGCGUCUCAAUGACCUCAGCCUUGAUCUUCUACCAACUAGUCCAGAGCAAUCAGAAGAGGAAGGAUCUAACCAAACACCACCAACCGACACAAAAGGCAUUUCACCGAGCUGGUUGUGUCCAAUACAUCGUGACAAUGGGAAAGUAUCGGAGACACAUUGUAAUCACUGCGAACUUCUUCGAACGGGAAAGUCAAUUCGAGGAAGCGGUGACGGAGAGAGUUCAACACCCCCUUCAUCUACAUCCUCGGAACAGAGUGCAGUUGGCUCCCAGAUUCCAAAUCCUCCACCGGCAGCUCCAUCACUCAGUCUACCAUCCUUGCCUAUAGUUCCACGGGGUCCUCGCCGUGCUCAUGUGGUCUUCUCCCGCACUGUUCUUGUCGAUGCAGGCCGCGAAACCACUCGGCUCAACUGUCCUGACUUGGACGAUGAACAUGGAGAUGAAGACGACUAUACUUAUGUUGAGACUGGGAGUGACGGUGAUAAACUGCAGCAACCAUGGAAAAAGGAACGGUUGCAUAGAGGUAACCGUGUGGUUGAUAUACAUCCGGGCCUACCGAGGAAUGAGUAUGUAAUCUGCGAUGGGAGGUGCGGGGCUACAACUUGUGCUCAAGGAUCUUGUUUGGCUAGACAAAAGGGAUCAACUGGUUCAGUCCUUAAGACCACAACUGCCUACGGUUCCAGCUCCAAUUCAAGUGAUCGAAACUCCCUCGCUGCUCAGAUAUCUCGCAUCAGUUCAAGUGACUUUGAUGCCCGAUCGAUCGAUAGUGAGGAAAGUGAGAAACAGCCCGCUGAACCAACCUCAGUCCAUGAGAUGCGUGCUCAUCACCAAUGUUGUCGACUCAACAACAAUUCAAACAACACUUCUUCUCCACUUAACCCUUAG